GCUUUACCCUUUGCCCAGCAUUUGCCCCUCGUCGCUCGAGAUGCAACCUCUCCUGCUUACCCUACCAAGCAACCCUCCUCCAGCGACCAUCACCACACGAGCAAUCGCGCACCCCACAACGCUUCUGUCAUGCGCCUUUCCUCCAUUCGCCUCGAGGCUUCUUGGACGCUCACCAUUGGCCUCGUCAUCGCCUUGUCCGUGGCUGCCCUGCCUUGGCGGGGCUCCGACAGUCUCGAUCGGGUUGAUGAAGCCGGCGUCGCUCCUCGCAUCGAAGAACAUCCUCGCACUUCGUCCAUCGCCAUCGCCUCCUCUCGGGGCCAUCAUGACGAGUCCGGGCGUGCUGAACACCCUCUUCAGGCUCGUAGCGACUCCCUCUCGUGUGCCGAAGACCAAGGUCGACAGUUAUCUGGCAUGACUCAGGCUAGCUCUAGGUCCGCCGGAAACAGCGAUCAUCCGGAUGAAACGGAGCUCAGUGCGCGCUCCACUCCUGCCGCUGUCAGCGGGAAGAGCACUCCGGGACGCGCCGCAGUCAAAGGGACAUUACUCGACGACGAGACGAGUCAGCACUUCAAGAAGACCAUUCUCAACUCUAGAUGGAAGGACAAUUCGACCUUUUGUACGUGUUGCAAGACGAAAUCCAGUACAGACUGUUGUUCGGGCAAGCCAUGGUGGUGCACUUGUUCAGAAUGCGGAAGCGCGGCUGUUGCCGCGCUGACAGAAGACGUCGUCACGCGGCUUCCUGUAGGAAGCGAAGAGCCCAAUUCCCAAAGCACCCGUGACGCGUCAGAAGAUCCUCUCCUCCUCGUACGCCAAACUGGCUUCUGUGGAUGUUGCAAGUCAGCAUCGACAUCAGUCUGCUGUGGGCACAAUCCAUUCUGCUCGUGCGGUACUUGCGAUAAUCCUCCCGUCAGCGCUCGUGGCGAGUUGCGACUUCCUUCUCCUCCUCAGCCUCGAGACAACGUCCCUCGCACCGCUGCGGUAUCCGGAUUUAGCAAGCAACAAUCUUCUCUCGGUAAGAAGGACACAUUCGUACGGGGCAGCAACGCUCAGGCUCCUGGCCAGGGAGCGGUAGAGCUCGGCAGCCGGGACAUGUCUGGCGUUGACCUGAGUGAUGCGACCUUGGACCAGGUCCUUCUCUCACGUAGUCUAGUCUGCAACUGCUGCCGUCAGUACGGCCCGUCCUGCUGUGCGGGGAAUCCAAGAUGCUCCUGCUCUGGAUGCGCUGUGCUUGUACGUCAUGACCGUGAGCAUCUCAACACGCUAGAUGCCGGUGACGCCACGGUUGAGGCACGCUCGGCGGCAGGCGGCGGCGCUGCGGAAGCCGAUAGCGUUAAGAGGAUGGCCAGAGGCACUGAUCAUGUGAUCGUGGCGAAUGCAGAGGAGGAGGAUGUCUAGCUUUCCACUUCGUCUGCUCCUCCGCCUCCCCCCUUGCUUCUCAUUUGGCUUAUACGAUUCCAUCUCUCUUCUUUCUGCUCCGGUCUCGCUCUGUGCAUCUCUCGCCCAGCCCUGUUCAUACACAGCUAGCGUCAGUGCAGACUGAUCGAUUACAUCUCCUUGUUCUUCUCCUUCGUCUGCUUCAUCGUGCCGACCACGCCCACCGCGCUCUUGAAAGCCCGACUCUUCACCCCUUCUCGUACUCAAUCGCACGCGCCUAGGCGCGGCGACUAGCGCCAUCAGUCCGACAACGUGGACUCUUAUCGCGGCAUCUUCGCCUCUCUUUCUGCAGAUUCACCCUCUUGUUGUCCUCUGUCCACCCUUCCAUCGUCGUUCUCACGCAAAGCGGGAGA